AUGUCAACUCUCCUCGUUGUGUUAGCAGUUCACCUCCACCUACUCCUGCGCGGCCAUGGCGCCGCCGCCGUCGCCGUCGCAGCGACGCCGCCUCCUCUCCCGGUCCUGCCCGUCCCCUCCUACGCGCAGCUCCAGUGGCAGCUCUCCGAGAUGGCCCUCUUCAUCCACUUCGGGCCCAACACCUUCACGGACUCCGAGUGGGGCACUGGCCACGCCGAUCCCGCCGUGUUCGCGCCGUCCGCGCUCGACGCCGGCCAGUGGGCGCGCGUCGCGGCGGAGGGAGGGUUCGGCCGCGUGGUGCUCACGGCCAAGCACCACGACGGGUUCUGCCUCUGGCCGUCGGCGCUAACGGAUUACUCGGUGGCCGCCUCGCCGUGGCGGGACGGGGCGGGGGACGUCGUCGGCGAGCUCUCGGCCGCCGUGCGCGCGGAGGGGAUCGGGCUAGGCCUGUACCUCUCGCCAUGGGACCGGCACGAGCCGGUGUACGGCGACACCGUCGCGUACAAUGAGCACUACUUGGGCCAAAUGACGGAAUUGCUCACCAGGUAUGGAGAUGUCGUAGAAGUUUGGCUUGAUGGUGCAAAGGGGGACGACACGGAAAUGCAUUACAUGUUUGAUGCCUGGUUUGCACUUAUCCAUCAGCUCCAGCGAAGGGUUGUUAUCUUCUCAGAUGCUGGACCAGAUACUAGAUGGGUCGGAGACGAAGCAGGGGUUGCGGGCCGUACUUGUUGGUCUCCUUUCAACAAGAGUGAUGUGACAAUUGGGGGCAUCGUUGCUGAAUACUCACGCAGUGGGGAUCUUUAUGGGCAAGACUGGGUUCCUGCAGAAUGUGAUGUUUCUAUCAGGCCAGGCUGGUUCUGGCAUGCUUCAGAGAAACCAAAAAGUGCUACAACUCUGCUUGACAUAUACUACAAAUCAGUUGGUAGAAACUGUCUCCUGAUAUUGAACGUUCCUCCCAAUACAUCCGGGCUCAUCUCUGACGAAGACACGCAAGUCCUUCAGGAAUUCACUGAGAUUCGGCGGACAAUUUUCUCUCAGAACUUCGCUGCCAAUGCGACUGUUAGCGCAAGCAGUGUGCGCGGCGGGCUGGACAAUCUUCAAUUUGCACCCUCCAAUGCGCUUCAAGAUGGCAUAUACUCCUACUGGGCACCACAGGAAGGGCAGGCCAGCUGGGAAAUGCUCUUCGACCUCAAGCGAUCUGCUUCCUUCAACGUGCUCCAGCUCCAGGAGCCUAUCCAGAUGGGGCAGCGUGUGAUCGAGUUUCAUGUGGACAUCCUAGUGGGUGAACUGUGGCAAACGAUUCUUGAAGGCACGACGAUUGGAUACAAGAGGCUGCUACAGUUCCCAGCCGUCGAAGCUCGGUACCUGAAGCUAUGUGUUGACAGUGCACGCGCGGAUCCACUGAUCGCAUUCUUCGGUGUUUUCAUGGAUCCCUUCUCGGUCGUGUGUGGCUCCGAUCAUGGAAUUCCAUCACAUACUAAUAGCAGUGAAGUUAUAAUGUUGAGGACAGACCAUACAGCUGGCGACAAGAAUACUGCUACCAUGUGGCGCGAGACCUUCACCUCGUGGCUCGCCAAGGAGCCCCUCGCGGCGCUCAUCCCGCCCCACUGCGACCACCUCCUCACCUCCGCCUACAACUUCCUCGUCUCCCACGGCCACGUCAACUUCGGGGUCGCCCCGGCCAUCAAGGACCGCCUCCCCAAGGAGCCCACCAGGCCCACCACCGUCAUCGUCGUCGGCGCCGGCCUCGCCGGGCUCGCCGCCGCGCGGCACUUGCUGGCGUCCGGGUUCAAGGUGGUCGUCUUGGAGGGACGCAAGCGGUGCGGCGGCCGCGUGUACACCAAGAAGAUGGAAGGGGGCGGGCGAUCGGCUGCUGCCGACCUCGGCGGCAGCGUGCUCACCGGGACGUUUGGGAACCCGCUAGGGAUCGUGGCGAAGCAGCUCGGCUUGCCGAUGCACAAGAUCAGAGACAAGUGCCCGCUGUACCGGUCGGACGGGUCGCCGGUGGAUCCGGAGGUGGAUAAGAAAGUGGAGGGUACCUAUAACAAGCUUCUUGAUAAUGCCAGCUACCUGCGGGCAUCCAUGGGUGAUGUGGCCACGGAUAUCUCUCUUGGGGCGGCGCUCGAGACGUUGCGGCAAUCUGAUGGGGGUAUCUCCACGCAGGAGGAGAUGAACCUGUUCAAUUGGCAUAUAGCAAAUCUUGAGUAUGCCAAUGCAGGGUUAUCUUCAAGGCUUAGCCUUGCGUUCUGGGACCAGGAUGACCCGUAUGACAUGGGUGGGGAUCACUGCUUCUUGCCUGGUGGUAACGGGAAGCUUGUACAGGCCCUGGCGGAGAAUGUGCCCAUUGUUUACGAGAGGACAGCGCACACUGUACGGUAUGGAGGGGAUGGCGUGCAGGUGGCAGUCAAUGGUGGGCAGGUUUAUGAAGGGGACAUGGUGCUCUGCACUGUGCCGCUUGGUGUUCUGAAAAAUCGGGGUAUCAAGUUUGUACCUGAGCUGCCACAGAGGAAGCUUGAUAGUAUUAACAGGCUAGGUUUUGGGUUGUUGAACAAGGUCGCAAUGUUGUUUCCUCAUGUUUUCUGGAGCACUGACCUUGAUACCUUUGGGCAUCUCACUGAAAACCCAAGUCGCCGAGGGGAGUUCUUUCUCUUCUAUAGCUAUGCAACAGUGGCUGGUGGUCCAUUGUUGAUGGCAUUGGUUGCUGGUGAAGCUGCCCACAACUUUGAAACCUCGCCUCCAACUGACGCAGUCAGCUCAGUUCUUCAGAUACUGAGAGGUAUCUAUGAACCACAAGGGGUUGAGGUACCAGAUCCUCUGCAGAGUGUUUGUACUAGAUGGGGCACAGACUCUUUCAGUCUAGGUUCAUAUUCACAUGUUGCUGUUGGAGCAUCUGGAGAUGACUAUGACAUAUUAGCUGAAAGUGUUGGAGAUGGGCGAUUGUUUUUUGCUGGAGAAGCCACCACAAGACGUUACCCUGCAACUAUGCAUGGAGCUUUUAUUACUGGUGUAAGAGAGGCUGCUAACAUCAGUAUCCAUGCCAACGCUCGAGUAACAAAGACCAAAGUACAAAAGAGCCCAUCUACAAACGCUCUUGCUUGUGCUACUUUAUUGGUAGACUUGUUUAGGCAACCAGAUCUAGAAUUUGGGAGCUUUUCUGUCAUUUUUGGUGGAAAAGCUUCUGAUCCUAAAUCUCCAGCUAUUCUGAAGGUGGAACUAGGCGGACCUCAAAAGAAAAGUUCAACUGAAGGUGGAAAAAAGGAGCAGCACCACUCAAACAAAUCGUUGUUUCAGCAGCUUCAGGCACAUUUCAACCAACAGCAGCAGCUCUAUGUUUACACAUUACUAUCACGGCAGCAGGCUAUGGAGCUAAGAGAAGUUAGAGGAGGUGAUGAAAUGAGGCUGCAUUACCUCUGUGAAAAACUGGGUGUGAAAUUAAUUGGCAGGAAAGGUCUUGGUCCCGGGGCUGACGCUGUAAUUGCUUCCAUCAAGGCAGACCGGAAUAGCAGUAGAACUAAAUCUGGCCCCUCAAAGUUGAGAGUGGGAGUUUCUAAAUCCCCACAUUUGCUAAGUCGUGAUCCUUGAGUAUUGAUUCUUCUAGGAGCUUGGUUGUACAUAAUUGAAAUGGAGUUGUUGUCUGUUGUUCAAUCAUACAUCUCCUUGGAGAUAACUCAUUUGCACGGAGCCUCUGCUCAGAUGUGCUUUGAUGAUGCCUUUAUUAUUAGAUUUCAAUUGAGACCAUUCAGAUUUGCA